AUGGAGAUAAAAAGUCAUCUAUACUUUAACGGAAUGGACCAAACAUAUGUCAAGUGGAUUUGGCAUGGAGAAGAAUAUGAUUGUAACAAUAAUGUUCCCAAUGAAAGAAAGCAAUUUGAUCAAGUAUUUGAUGACCCUAUAGAGAUGGUGAGAGAUGCAGAUGAACAUUUUGUUGAGAAGCGUGAAGAAUUUUUGAAAUUUUUAGAAGAUGCAGAGAAACCAAUAUUCUCGGGGGUACCUUUGUCAAAAUUGGUUGUUUUAGUAAAACUAUACAACUUGAAAGCUGGUAGUGGUUGGAGUGACACAAGUUUCACAAAAUUAUUAACUUUAUUAAAAGAAAUUUUACCAAAAGACAAUGAAUUGCCUUCCUCGCUUUAUGAAGCAAAAAAAACAUUGUGCACAUUAGGAAUGGAGUAUAGCAAGAUUCACGCUUGUCCAAAUGAUUGCAUUCUAUAUCGAAAUCAAUAUGAGAGUGAAACUGAGUUUAUACGUUUGUUUCGAAAUCCUGAACAUGCUGAAAGUUUGCGAUGGCAUGAGGAUGGAAGGAUCAAAGAUGAAAAAUUGCGCCAUCCAGCUAAUUCCCCAGCUUGGAAAGAAGUGGAUGAACUAUGGCCUCAAAUAAGAGAGGAUCCUAGAAACCUUCAACUUGGUCUUUCUGCUGAUGGCAUCAAUCCAUUCAGCAAUAUGAGCUCAUCUUACAGUUAUUGGCCAGUGAUUCUAUGUAUUUACAAUCUUCCUCCUUUGUUGUGUAUGAAAAGAAGAUUCACAAUGUUAACUUUGUUGAUAUCAGGUCCCAAGCAACCUGGAAAUGAUAUAGAUAUCUAUUUAGCACCUUUGAUAGAUGACUUGAAGGUGUUAUGGAACGAAAUUGAUUUUUAUGAUUCUUUUAAAAAAGAAAAUUUUAUACUUAGAGGUGUACUCUUAUGGACAAUCAAUGAUUUUCCUGCUUAUGGUAAUUUAUCAAGAUGUUUUGUGAAAGGAUAUAAAGUCGAUGAAAAUGUAGAGACAAAGGGGAAAAAGAAAGGCAAAUGUAAAACAAACAUCAAACAAAAGCGCAAUAAGAAAGACCAAUUAGCCGAAGAUUCAAAGAAUACUACAUGUUGGAAGAAGAAGUCAAUUUUCUUUGAAUUAGAGUAUUGGAGACAUUUGUUAGUAAGAGAUAAUCUUGAUGUCAUGCACAUUGAGAAAAACAUAUGUGAUAGUUUGAUCAGAACCUUGCUUAAUAUUCCUGGGAAAACUAAGGACAGUAUCCCUGCUCGUAAAGACCUUGUGUUAAUGUCUGAAUCAAAAAAAUAUUUGGCACCUGAAACAGGUGAAAGAAGAACAUAUUUACCUCAUGUUUGUUACACCUUGAAGAAAGAUGAGAAGCAUAAACUUUGUCAAACUUUGGCAAAUGUUAAGGUUCCAGAUGGGUAUUCAUCAAAUAUUCGUAAUUUAGUAUCUUUGAAAGAUUGUAGACUAAUCAAUCUUAAAUCUCAUGAUUGUCAUGUUGUUGAUGUGUCUAAAGAAGUAAAACUAUGUGGGUCUGUAUGUUUUCGUUGGAUGUAUCCAUUUGAAAGAUUGAUGAAAGUUUACAAAGGUUAUGUUAGAAAUCGAAGUCGUCCAGAGGGUUGUAUAGUUGAGGCUUACAUAGCAGAAGAAGCGGUUGAAUUUUGUACUGAGUAUAUUACUGAUGCAGAAGCGAUUGGUAUUCCCAGAAAGACAAUGAGUGAAGAUGUUAUUGGAAGAGGCAUCAACAAUGGAAGGCUCACCUUAAUCAAAAAAGAAGACUGGGAUGUUGCUCAUCGAAAUGUUCUAGAGAAUACAAUUGAAGUUCAAGCUUACAUAGAAGAAUACUUGGAAUAUCUUCAUCGUGAGAAUCGAAGUAAAUCAAGAAAGUGGAUUCAAGAUUACAACCAUCGAACUUUUCAUCAAUGGUUUCGUGAUAGGAUUCAAUCUGAAUUGAGUAUGGAGUUUCACAAAGUAUCUGAAAACUUAAGAUGGAUUUCAUUAGGUCCGACUACAAUGGCAAUUAAGCAUGAUGGAUUUUUUGUAAAUGGUUAUAGAUUUAGUACAAAAGCUCGUGAUGAUGUUAGAGUGACACAAAAUAACGGUGUAUGUAUUGUUGCAAAAACUCUUCAAUUUGCUUCAGCUCGUGAUAAGAAACCAUUUUAUGGAGAUAUGAAAUUUUAUGGAGUCAUUGAAGAAAUAUGGGAACUUGAUUAUUGUGAUUUUAGGAUGGCAAUGUUCAAAUGCAAUUGGGUAGAAGGCAAGUAUGUUAGAUCAGAUGAGUUAGGAUGUACUUUAGUGGAUCUCAAUAAAUUAGGCCAUAAGGAAGAAUCAUUUAUAUUAGCAAGUCAAGCAAAACAAGUAUUGUAUAUUCAAGAUCCAUUAGAUUCAAGAUGGUCAAUUGUACUUGCAUCACAACCAAAAUUCAUAGGUGAUGAUGAUUAUGAGAUUGGCGAACUUCAAACUUUUAAGAAAGAAAUUGGAGAUAUCAAUGAAUUUGAGGGAAUUGAAUCAAUAGUUGGACCAUAUGUUCGAAGAGAUUGUAAUGGAAUUUGGAUUGUAAGUUUGAUCAUGGACCAUCAUGAAGAGCAUCCCGAAGAGGAACUUAAAGACAAUGCAAACGAAGGUAUCAAUUUAGAAGAGGCUGGUAAUGAAGAUCUUACAACAAAGAAGAAGAAAAGUAGGCAGACUAAGGGGAUAGUGCGAUUGGCAAAAAUAAUUGUUGACAAGAUCAAGGGGAUUAAGAUAAAUUUAAGGUUUAACAAGAGAGGGCAAUCAAUUGGAACUCCGAAGAGAGCGUUACAAUAUUAUUUGGGGAUGCAAGCAAAGUCAAUGGUGUCAAUUACAUAUGAUAAUUGGCAUGAUGUUCCUGCUGCAACUUUAGAGAAUGUUUGGAAAGAUGUAAAUGUAAGGUUCAUAGACUGA